AUGGCAAACAUGUCCACUCAAACCAACGGCGAAGAUCCCAUAUCCCCGCUACGCAGCCCAACAGUCCACAUAACGUCACACAAUGCCGCCGGCCAGGCGAUUGUGCUAAGCUCGAUCACUGAACCCCCGAGUCCUUACCCCGGGUGGCGGACGAGCCAUCGACUCGUGUACACAACUUCAAGCUUCCCGGCUGACCUCAACAACGAGAAGGACGUCGAAUUGCAUCAAAAUAGAGUAGCCGAGGGCCAAUUGGGCAUUGUCAACCCUAACGGCACGGUUUGCCGCAUCGUGGACUUUGCCCCGAACAACAAAUCUUUGAUGCACCGGACGCAAAGUUUGGACUACGGUGUCGUGCUGGAGGGAAAUAUCCUCAUGGAGCUGGACGACGGAAGUGUCACUCCCAAGGGCCCGGGAGAUGUCGCGGUUCAGCGAGCCACGAAGCAUGCAUGGAAGAAUGCCAGUGACACUGAGUGGGCGAGAAUGCUGUUUGUCUUGCAAGACUGCCAGCCCCUCAACGUGGGCGGAGAGAGAUUGAAAGAAGAUUUGGGACAUGGAUACAGUGUUUUCCCAAAGAGCGGCAACGACGAUUAG